AUGCUGAGCAAAGGCCUCUUCUCACACGGAGAAGGUUUGAGCAUUAAUCACCACGCUUGCUCAAUGCGGGGUACGUCGAGUACAGUGGACGUGUCGUCCCCGUCUUCGGUGCUGGGCGGUCGCGAGGCGGUGGUGGAGGCGCGCUGCGUGGUGCGGCUGGAGGUGGGCGGGCGCGGCGUGGCCGUGCGCUGCGGCCCGGCGCGCCGCCUGCGCCACGUGCUGCGCCCCGUCCUCGCCAAGUACGCCGCGCCACACGCCGCGCGCGCCGUGCUCAGGGCCGGCCGUCUGCUGCACCCUGACACACUCAUGCAGGAACUAGACGGCGCUCGUCUCCAAAUAGUGGAAGUAUCAGAGAAUGGCGAAUACCGCGCUGCUACAGCGGAGUACGAGGUGGACGAUGACGCAGACUCACUCAGCGACCUCGCCGUCAGGUUGCAGGACGACGCCAUGAAGCAGCCCGAUGAAGUGAGCGUGGGCACGGCGAGUGGCAGUAGUCGCGGCAGUAGCGGCGCCGGCCGCGUCCGCGCCGCCCUACGACCCGGGCCUCCGCUACACCAUCACCCACCCGAUUUCCUAGAGAAUCUCAGAGAGACGCAACGGCAGAGGCUACAGAGCAAGGGCUCGGUGUCUCCGCCGUCGUCCCCCGGUCCACAGCCCCGCAGCCCCCCUCCGCUCCCCCCCAAGCCGGCGCAGCGCGCGCCCCCUACCGUCGUCUGAGCGCACCACUCGCCGGUCUCGGCGCAUGAUCACCUCACACGACUUCUCCAAGUCACACUUGGGAACCGAAGUAGCCGACCCACAGCUCACAAGACGGACGGAAUCCGUCGAGAACUCAGUUUCUGACACAACUGAGACUAAUGAGCCAUGUCGGCCCCUGUCUGUUGACUCCAUGUCAAGGUUGUCGAAAUACUUCGAACACAACAAACAUUCUGACCUUACAUAUCUGUAAUUUAAUAAGAAGCUUUACACGGAUGAGAAUGUUGAAGGAAUUGUGUAAAUAUAGCAGUUAACGAGCU